AUGAGUGGCUUCCCGGGCGCGUACGGCGCGCCGCCGGCCUCGCCGUGGCAGGAGCACCACACCGCCGAUGGUCGACCCUACUACUACAAUUCCGCCACCAAGGUGACGCAGUGGACAAAGCCGGAGGAGAUGAUGAGUCCGUCGGAGCGGGCUCUUGCGAACCAACCUUGGAAGGAAUACACAGCCGAAGGCGGCCGAAAGUAUUGGUACAAUACCGAGACGAAGCAGAGUUCCUGGGAUAUGCCCGAAGUCUACCGAAACGCCAUCGGGGCCACCGACGGCCGCGGCUCCUUCGCCGCAUCGCCAUCCCAGGGCCAGGCUCCGGCGCAAGGACAAGGGCAGAGUCACCACCGUCAGGGCCACCGUGAUCAAGGACGUGGUGCCCGCGAGUCUCGAGACGCACCGCCCGACAGCCGCCACCUGUCGCGAUCGUUUGUUCCUGCCACCGACAACGGCCCUGAGUAUGCGACCAAGGAAGAGGCCAUGGCCGCCUUCGUCAAGGCCCUCAAACGCAACGGGGUCCAGGCCGACUGGACAUGGGAUCAUACGGUGGAAAUCCUUUCCAAGGAUCCGCAGUUCAAAGCGAUCAAGAACCCCAGGGCCAGGAAGGAGGCGUUUACCAAGUACUGCCAGGACAUGGUGCUCCAGGAACGUGAGCGCGCCCAGGAGCGGUUCGCCAAACUUCGUGCCGACUUCGAGACUAUGCUCAAACGACACCCUGACAUUACGUACAAUACUCGAUGGUCGACUGCCCGUCCCAUCAUCGAAGGGGAGACCAUUUUCCGCUCAACCGAUGACGAGGAGGAGCGAGUCAAGCUGUUCUAUGAGUACACCGCGGGCCUCAAGAAGGCUCAUGAGGAACAGCAGAGGGCCCAACGCAAGGCGGCACUUGAUGGCCUCAGAGACUUGCUUCCUAAGCUCAACAUCACGGCGUACACAACCUGGGCUGAUGGUCGUGAUAUUAUCACCGACAUCAUCGAGAGUGAUCCCAAGUAUAAGGCGCUCAGUAUGAGCGAGACUAUGACCAAGUUUCAGGACCACAUCAAGUCGCUUGAACGCUCCUUUAACGAGAAGAAGCAGAUGGAAAAGAAGAUGAGAUACCGCCGGGAGCGCCGCAACCGGGACGCUUUCCGAUCUUUGCUCGCCAGUCUCCGGCGUGAAGGUCGAAUCAAGGCUGGCACCAAGUGGCGCGACAUUUACCCAGCCUUUGAGACGGACGAGCGCUACCUCAACAUGUUGAACCAGGAAGGACCCACCCCAGUCAUGAUGUUUUGGGACGUGCUUGUGGAAGAAGAACGGGCGCUGCGAGGGCCCCGUACCGAUGUCCUUGACGUUCUCGAGGACAAGCGAUUCGAGGUCACGGCCAACACGACUCUGGACGAGUUCAUGUCCAUUGUAAAGGACGACCGCCGAACCGCCCGCAUCGAGCCUGCUACGCUCGAGCUGAUUUUUGAACGCGUGAGCCCUUCCUACUCUCGUUUUAGAUUGAACACCGUCCUGAAUAUCUUCCUCCAGCUUCGUGAAAAACGAGCUGCCAGGCGUGACGAUGAGAGACAUUCCGAUCGCCACGUGCGCCAUGCUGUGGACAGUCUCCGCUCCGCCUUGAAACGCCUUGAGCCUCCCAUUGUCUUGGGAGACACUUAUGACCAUGUUCGCCCGCGUUUAGUCAAGCUGCCAGAGUUCCUGGCCGUUCCUUCCGAAGAAGCCGCAAAGUCUGCUUUCGAGCGACACAUGCGCCGCCUCAAGGAAAAGGCUGAGGACGAGUCAGGGCGAGCUCACCGAAGAAGCAGCUUCGUUUCCAGCGAGCGAGACGCACCUCGCCGAAAUAGGGACCGAUCGCGUGGUGAGAGAUCGCAUCGCGGCGGCCGUUCGUCUCGUCGCAGCCGAAGCCCCGAGCAAGACCCUUAUGAGGCAGAUCGGCGACGGGCCAUUGCGGAGCGGGAGCGCAACCAUCGAAAAUCAACGCUUGCGGAGGGUGUGCUCACAGGCGACCGCGGUCGGCUUAGCCCGCCGCCGCGACGUGAGCGAGACCGUGAACGCGAGCGAGAAAGGGAUCGCGACCGGGAUAGGGAUCGCGAGCGUGACCGGGAUCGGGAUCGUGAAAGAGACCGUGAUCACCGGGAGCGAGACCGCGACUACGACAGAUAUGCCCGAUCCCGACGAAGCGAAGACGGCCAUUACCCUCGAGACCGCGACCGUAGAGAAAGGGACGAAGAUCGUGAGCGUCCGCUCCGGCGACCUGUCGACACGCGCUCGGUGGACGAGCUCAACUAUGGUGACGAAGCCCCCGCUGGUUCUUCAGGCUCCCGACGCCGACGCCCCGACGAUGAGGAUGGCUCUGGUCGCAGAGACUCUAGGGACUCCAAGAGAAUCAAAACUGAGCAGUCGCAAGAGGCCACCCCGCAGCGUGAUGCACGUCAACGCAACGCAUCUCCUCCUGCUAAGGAAGCUAGAGACGUCAGAAGUGGCAGCGAGGAAGGGGAGAUUGAAGAGUAA